AUGCCAUCACCAAAGGAUUUUAUGCCACCCGCUAAUUGGCGAAAACUUUUCGAUCAGCUCGUGCAAUACCGCGCAACCUUGGCAGCACCGGUAGACACAGUCGGUUGUGAUUGUCUCUAUGACCGAAAAGCAUCCAAGGAAACCAAGAGGUUUCAAAUUUUGGUGGCCCUCAUGCUGAGCUCCCAAACCAAGGAUCACAUCACCGCAGCCGCAAUGGAAAACCUGAUGCAGCACAACCUCACACCACAAGGCGUGAUGCGCAUGCCACUCGAUCAGUUCGAUGAGUGCAUUCAAAAAGUUAGUUUUCAUAACAAUAAGGCCAAAUAUAUCAAAGCGGCGGCUGAAAUUAUCGUGAUGCGACAUGGCGGGAAUGUACCGAACAUCUAUGAGGAAUUGAUUGAACUUCCUGGGGUGGGCCCAAAGAUGGCCCAUCUUUUUUUUCAGAGCGCGGAUCAAAAGGUGUUUGGUAUUGGUGUCGACACGCAUGUGCAUCGUAUAUCUAAACGCUUUGGCUGGACGCCUGCGAGUUGUAAAACACCCGAGGAAACUCGAAAGGUACUCGAGUCGUGGCUUCCUCGGGAUCUGUGGGAUCAAGUAAACAAGCUUCUAGUGGGUCUGGGGCAGACGGUGUGCCGGGCCGUCAACCCAUGCUGUUCGGAAUGCAUGUUAAACAAAACCUGUCCCAACGCGUUUCGAGAAACGCAGGGCGGAAAGCGCGAAAGAGACAAGACUCCUGUCAAAGGUAAGGUGAGCGACAUUGAGGAUCAAAUAAAGAGCACAAAAACAGCACCCAAAAAGCAAUUUCGGAAAAAGAUUAGUACGAUCGAGGUUGUAGCGAAAAAGAAGGCAAAGUCAAUGUAA